AUGAGCCAGCUCUAUAGCGGCCACCACCACCACCACCAUCACCACCACCCAAUGGUCUAUCUCUACGGGGCCGAGAGAGGGGGGAUCCCCCCGGCGGCUCUGGGGUUCGCCUCGGCGGGGGUCCUCUCCCGGCAGGACCCUCCGCAGAAGCCUCCGUACAGCUACAUCGCGCUGAUCGCCAUGGCCAUCAAAGACGCGCCCGAGCAGAAGGUGACCCUCAACGGCAUCUACCAGUUCAUCAUGGAGCGCUUCCCCUUUUACCACGACAACAAGCAGGGCUGGCAGAACUCCAUCCGCCACAACCUGUCGCUCAACGACUGCUUCGUCAAGGUGCCCCGCGAGAAGGGGCGGCCGGGCAAAGGCAGCUACUGGACGCUGGACCCCAGGUGCACGGACAUGUUCGAGCACGGCAACUACCGGCGCAGGAAGAGGAAGCCCAAAGCCUCCGGGGGCGCCGUCGGGGCGGAGGACGCCGAGCUGGAGAAGGACGCCCCAGGCGCGGGGGGCCCGUCGGAGGAGCCGCCCAAGAGGCCCCGGGAGAGCCCGCUCCCCCCUCGCCACCUCUCCAUCGACGCCGGCGCGGAGCAAGGCGCGGAGCUCCCCGCGGGCCCAGGCCAGGGCUCCCAGGCCAGGCGGGCGCCCUCGCCGGAGGAGGAGCGAGGAGGAGGAGGAGGAGGAGGAGGAGGAGGCGGCGGCUCCGGAUCGGGCCCCAUCGGGCUCCGCCAUCACCUCCAGGUGACCCCGCCCGGCAGCGGCGCCGCACAUCGGAGCGGCUCGGCGCGCCCCGCCGCCGCCGCGCCUUCCCCGGAGGAGAGCGCCCGCUUCGACGGCGAGGGCGCUCCGGGGCUCCCGCGGCAAGCGGCCCCCUCCGAGGCGCGGCCAGGCGCCUCCGACGCGGCCCCCCGGCAAGCCCCCGAAGCCCCGAGGAGCUCGGCCAAGCCGCAGAGCUUCAGCAUAGACAGCAUCCUCGCCAAGAAAGCGCUGCACGGCCGGCCGGCCAAGGGCGCCUCCAAAGUGGACGGCCUCUCCGGCAGCGGCGGUGGCGGCCUCCCGGAGGGCGCGGAGACCCGCCCGCCGGCUUUCAACGCCUCCCUGGUGCUGGAGUCCCACCUGCAAGGGCGCUUCUACCAGCUCGGCAUCCCGUUCCUGUCUUACCUGCCUCUCCGCUUCCCCGAGACCGUGUUUCACUUCCAGUAG